AAAAAAAAAGUGGAAGAAAAAAUGGGGACACAGACACGUUGGUUGGGAGCAAGAGCAACAGCAAUAAGGGUUGGAAGUGAUUGGAAUUGUUACGAAUCCACUACCACAACUAGAACUCGAAGAUCGUUUUCUCUCUGUUGUCGUUGGUCGCCAUUAACGACCUUAGCUUCUUCAAUGCCUUACGAAAAGGAACUCGCUGCUGCUAAGAAAGCUGCCACUCUCGCUGCUCGUCUCUGCCAGAAAGUGCAAAAGGCUCUUUUGCAGUCUGAUGUACACUCUAAAUCAGACAAAAGUCCCGUCACUGUUGCUGAUUAUGGUUCACAAGUCUUGGUCAGCUUGAUACUUGAGAGAGAGCUUCCUUCUGAACUGUUUUCCUUAGUUGCUGAGGAGGAUUCAGGGGAUCUUCGUAAGGAAAGUGGCCAGGAUACACUGAAGUGCAUUACAGAACUUGUCAACAAUACUCUAGCUAAUGAAGGAUCACAUAGCUUUUCUACUUUAACAACAGAUGAUGUGCUCAAGGCCAUUGAUAAUGGAAAGUCUGAAGGUGGUCCUGUUGGUCGGCACUGGGUUUUGGAUCCAAUAGAUGGUACUAAAGGGUUUGUAAGAGGAGACCAAUAUGCCAUAGCAUUAGCUCUGCUGCAUGAAGGGAAAGUUGUAUUGGGGGUCUUGGCUUGUCCAAAUCUUCCACUGGCGACCAUUGGCCGCAAUCAGCAGAAUUCUUCUUCUAAUGAAGUUGGUUGUGUUUUCUUUGCUAAAGUUGGUGAUGGAACAUAUAUGCAGGCAUUGGACGGUUCUACACAAACUAGGGUGAAUGUCAGUGCUGUUGAUAAUCCAGAAGAAGCGUCAUUUUUUGAAUCUUAUGAAGCAGCACACUCCUCACAUGACUUGUCUAGCACUAUUGCAGAAAAACUCGGCGUCAAAGCACCGCCAGUCAGAAUUGACAGCCAAGCAAAAUAUGGAGCGCUUUCCAGAGGAGAUGGGGCUAUAUACUUGCGUUUCCCCCACAAAGGUUACCGUGAAAAAAUAUGGGAUCACGCUGCUGGCUGUAUUGUUGUGAGCGAAGCUGGAGGUAUUGUCUCAGAUGCUGCAGGGAACCCUUUGGACUUCUCAAAAGGAAAGUUUCUUGAUGUUGAUACUGGUAUUAUUGUUACAAACCAGAACUUGAUGCCUUCACUUUUAAGAGCAGUUAAAGAAUCACUGAAUGAGAAAGCAUCAUCCUUGUGAUAUCCAUAAAGCGUAUGAUUCUACUACCGAGCUUCCUCAUUUUUGUUGUCAGCUCCUGUGGUAUGAACCUUCCUCUCUAUUGUGUAUUUCGGACAGAUUCUGAUGAAGUUAAGUACGUGGUUGGACUUCCUCUGAUAUUUUAUUUAAAUCAUAUUUCUGUUUUUUCUUGUACCGCCUUCAAGAUUGUUGUAAUGUAAGCUUGAGUUGGAAGUCCUUUUUCUCCUUGCAUGUACUAUUUUCCUCUCAACUUUCUUUGCUAUUUUUUUAGAUUUAUAUAUAUCAAACAUAGUUUGAUAUUUAACUCUUUUAGAUUAACUUACCAGGUGUGAUUUCAAUAUAAUUUGUGAAUGUUAGGACAACAAAGUAAGUUUGGCAGGGACAUGUAUCUAAAGUUUGUUUUGAAGCUAACUUUUAAGCGUGCAAUUAUCAACUCUUGAA